AUGACAACUAAUCAACUCGUCAGCCAGUCAACCAGUCAAACAGUCAAGCCGUCAGCCAGUGAAUCAAUCAGCCAGUCAACCCGUCAGCCAGUGAAUCAGUCAGCCAUCAACCAGUCAGCCAGUCAAACAGUCAGCCAGUCAAGCCGUCAGCCGUCAAUAAACAGUCAGCCAGUCAACCCGCAGCCAGUCAAGCUGUCAGCAGUCAACCAGAACAUUCAAAGCCGUCAGCCAGUGAAUCAAUCAGCCAGUCAAGCCGUCAAACAGUCAGCCAGUCAACCAGUUAGCCAGUCAAGCCGUCAGCCAGUCAAGGCUCAGUCAGUGAAUCAGUCAGCCAGUCAACCACCAGUCAACAAUCAACAGUCAAACAGUCAGCCAGUAAACCAGUCAACCAGUAACAGUCAGCCAGUCCAAUCAACCAAUCAAACAGUCACCAAUUCAACAGUCAGCCAGUCAACCAAUCAACCAGUCAACCAGUUAGCCAGUCAAGCCGUCAACCAGUCAACCAAUCAGCAGUCACCAGGUCGUCAGCCAGUCAACCAAUCAACCAGUCACCAGUCAAUGCAGUCAACCACAGUCAACAAAGUCAAACAGUCAGCAUCAAGACGUCAGCCAGUCCAUCUCCCUCCAUCUGAACAAAUGAUCUCAAGACGGGUUCAACCAGAAUUAUCAGAAAGGAAAAAGAGUGAACACCUUGCCAAGUCUUUCUGGGACACGAGCCUCAACAGCAGCGAAAAUCUUUGGUAUUUUGAAGGGGUGUUUCUGAUUAAGGGAACUGAAAUGCGAUAUGGCUAA